AUGUCCUUUUCAGUCGAUACAUCUUCCAUACACGAGAUUUCCUCUGCAGUCGUGUCUCGUUCUACUCGGCAGUCACCACAGUUUUCCCAGCAGUUUGUGCCUCUCACACCCAUCAUCGCAUCUCCGUUGAGCACCCCCGCGGCGAGCAUGACAACCAACGUUACCUUUAGCCUGAACUCCGACACGGAUGAUGAAAGGGAUGGAAAAUUUGCACGCAGCGAGUCUGCUGCAGACGUAGAGUUGACUAUUCCAACCCCAACUUGGAUGGCCACACCUCCAACACCACCUCCAAAAUAUGCCCAUAUAUCUUCAACCUCUGUGUCCUCGCGACCACACUCGUCUUUCGUGACUGCCUCCGCCUCUUUCCCGGACCCUACGUUUGCCAGCAUAUCUGAACAGUCCCCGGAGCUGACUGUGAAGCGUCGAGCGUCACUUCCUCCAACAUCUGCUGUGAAACCCUUACCCGUCAUUCCUCCCGCUGCACCGCCUUUGGCAUUGACACCUCUACGUGACAAUCCCGUCAAGCAAGGGACAAUAUCAUCCGGAAGUCCGUUACGUGUGAGUAUCGGUGAACACAGUGAGGAACGAUCACGUCGAAACGGCAAAUCAGCAGCACAUCAGAAGAAACCAUUGUUUCACAUGCUGCAGGAUGAAUCAGAUAAGGAGGAUGACGGCAAGCUCAAGAAGUUGAAUGGCCAUCAUAAGAAUCCAGCUGAGGAGUCAAGCUCGGAAGCUGCCGAUCAUCCGCUUCAGGGAAAGGAUGAUGAUCUUGUAGGAAGCAAGGAUGACGUGAGAAAAUGUCAUGCACUCUUGGAGUUGCUCUCCACGGAAGUCGGAUAUCUUUUCGAUCUUAAGGUUCUUGUUACAGUGUACCUUAGGCUUCUGCCCGGUCUGACGACUCGUCCACCACAUCCCCCCUCUUCUAGCCUUGGGAUGUCCCAUUUCUCCCGUUCCGCCUCUCCUGCCUUCAACCCACCUUCAUCGAACCCCGCUACUCGCACACAAUCUGUUUACCACCUGUCGGCCCCCGUGCCAUUCUCUCCCUGCGAAAACCUCCUCCCUGUGGUCAGUGGUCCACCAGCGCUGGUUGCUGUAACGAAGGAAAAGUCUCCAAUGCGGCGCGUAUUCUCCCCCGCUGACCUUGGCUUGAUAACUCGUAAUAUGGAGGACAUUCUGAAGUUUCAUGAACAAUUAGUUUGUGAACUAAGGGCACUCGUUUCCCCUCUCGGCUUUCCGAUGAUUCUCGAUGGGGCUAGUGGCGGCGUGACGAUCAUGCAGAAGGAAUAUACCCGCAAUUUGGAGACAUUACACUUAGCACUUGAUGCAGUUGCCACAAAAUUCAUUGAACGGGCACAUGAAUUUCAUUUGUACCAAUCGUUCUGUUCCGGACAUCCUGAAGCGUUCGACCUUGUCCGAAAAGUCCAACAGGAGUUCCCAGCUGAAUGGGAGACGUUCGAGCAAUCAUGUGCCACCAUAGCUGCUGAAAUGCGCAUCAAUGGCUCGCUUCACUCUAUCACCGACAAAGAAGCUGAAGAUGACGAUGGCGCAGACGGUACUCUCAGUGAAAACGAGUUGAUCGCAAGAAGGCGACGGCAUUCGCUUUCAUCAUUGGACGCGCCUAGUUAUCGGCAGAGUAUUUCCCGCGUCAGCUCUAACGCCAACCUUAAGGCAUCUAUAGCCAGUACGUCUGAAAGUGGGCACUCAGAUCGGGGGCAAACUGGCAUGAAGUCGAAGCUCGCAUUCAUGGAUUACCUCAUCAAACCUGUUCAACGUAUCUGUCGUUAUCCCUUACUCCUCGAUCAACUCCUCGAUCAUCCACGAAGUGCAAGCGGCAGCGGUGAGUCAAGCUCUGUGUCUAACGCGGAAAGCGGAUCGCGCGAUGUGGAGGUAAAUUCGGUGCAAAGUGCGCUGAAUGUCAUGCGGGCCGUAGCCAGCUCCGUGGAUGAAGCACGACGCCAGCAGGAUUUAGCAAUCAAGUCCUCCCUCAUUACCUCACGGAUAUUGCAGGGACUAGCCCUAGUAACGGCAUCUUACACUAGACCUGCAUCGCACAAUCUUUCUUUCGGUUUCCUGUCGUCCCUAGGCCCUUGCCAUCUCGCGGGAUCAUUGGAUGUGAUCCACUACCCCAGUCUCAAUGCCAGUAGCAACGGCACAGUCAAAGCCAAGUAUCUCGGGGCUUUCUUGUACCCUGGGGGUUACAUCAUUCUUGCCAAAGUUCAUAAAGUGAGGACGUACGAGCCGAAACACUGGUUUUCCUUGGCAGGGUUUGACCUAGUCGACUCGACGAACGACGAAGCCCUAUUGCCGAGUUGGUUUCGCCUUUCUGGGCGAGGUCACAUUUUCGAAUUCGCAGCGUCUUGUCGCCGUGAGAAGGAUGUCUGGAAGGCUGCUAUUCAUCAUGCCCUCGAACUUCCUGCUGCAUGGACGAGUGAACCGAUAUGCAGUUUUAGAGGUGACUCUAAAGGGGAUUUCGUGUUGUCGCUGCUAGAAGAUACGCCAUACGAAGUGAUCAGCCCUUUGCCCACUAUCCAGUCUAUUCCCGAGCUGGAUAAUGAAGCAGCAUCUAGCAGAGACGAGAACCACUCACUCUCUGCCCACUCCGAUCCACCGAGGUCGGGUCGGGCGUCCUACAAAACCGACCCAUCUCAGAAAUCUGAUUCUGGUCAUCAGCUCGGUCCUAGCCGUCGCUCAUCCACCACAUCCAAUAGGACUUAUCUUACCAUGCUGUCAGAGUCGGAUACAAUUCAUCUUGUACGCGCCACUGCCCCCGCACGUGAACAGGUCGAUCGUGGCCUCCUUGAUGUGUUCUCGGAGAGCUGUCUCUCCGCUCGCUGCUAUGCGCAUACCCAUGAAGAAGAACUUUUUGAAGCAUCGAAGGUGUCGCGGUCGUUCUCAAGGUCAAGCUCAGGAUUGACCAUGGCUGGUGCUAUGAGUGUGGCUGCAAAGAAUCGUCUGACCAAGCGGGAGAGUGUGCUUGUCCCCAGGCGAAAGAGUUACAUAGAUGUUGGCGACAUCCCUGCUGUACCUACCAUCCCACCAGUCAAGCUGGCCAAACGCCGCCAACCAACGAAACUCAAGCUCGUUGCCGUUUCAAGGACUGCGUCUCUGGACGACGAAGUGAAACUGGAUGGUGCCCCAGAGUCGCCUUCCCCUAUGUCACAGUGUUCUUCUGUGUCCAUUUCUACUCCAGGGAGCCCUAUCGUCCCUGGGUCACUAUCUGCACCCACCUCGGUGCUGUCAGGUGUGGCUCCUCGACCAGAUCUUACAGCCCGGAAGGAAGCCUUCACGCCCAAACGAAGCCGCUCUAUGGUCGAGAAUGUCCGAGUCCUCUUCUCGCGCUCUACAUCGCCAAUGCUUCCCCUGUCAUAUCAACCAUCCGAUUCGAGUAGUGCAUCAACUACACCAAGCCUACUCAAGUGGUGGUCGAAAGGGACGCUUCGAAGAAGGGUACAAAGUGCGCCCGAUGUCCCACUCGAGGAACUUCCCUCAGAUGCAUCGACCAAGUCUCUCAGUAAUCCACUUCCAAACUUUCACCCUUCUUUGGCGUCCGCGGAUCGUCCGAUGUCACAACCUGAUUUGAUGUGCUUAAGUCAGUUUCCACAUUCUGCCCCUGAUUCGUCUGCUGGGGAUUUCGGGGUUGUAGUGUCAACUCCAGUGCGAUUGAGGACGCUGUUUGGGUCGCCCAGUCUCCGCCGCCGCUCGACCACUGCAGCCUCACUUUCAUCAUCCCCACUGGCAGGUAGCCAGGAGGGAGGAUUUACUCCACGCACUGUGCGCAUGCGUCGCAAUCUUUCGUUUUUAUCACGACUCACCCCCAUGGCACCGGAUACUGUUAUGCAGAAUUCAUGA